CUCUCUCACGGCUCUCUCUCGAUGUCUCUCUCUCUCUCUCUCUCUCUCUCGACGAACUCGAGAGCAAUCUUUAUACGUUUCUUCAUCUUCUUCCCAACGGAAAUCUAUUCCUCUUCGCCAACCGGUGAUCGAUCCUGUUCGACUUCGUCAAUCACCGAAUCGCCAAGGAGUUUCCGGAGAAUCCCGGCGGCGACAAACAUAACUACCCCAGCACUGGCUCCUCCCUCUCUUUUGAUUAUGCUUCUGCAUCCAAGUCUAAUUCUUUUGAUUCAGAUUGAUAAGAGUUUCCAGAUUCUCAUAUAGUUGGCGAUCAGAACAAACGUGGUGGGAGGGUUAAGUUACAGCCUAUGGUGAUGCCUCAGUCUGAAUUUGACCACGCUGAGAAAGAAGGUGCUCUCUACGGUAAAGUGAUGGUUCAUGAAAGUGUGGAAUUUCUUCUAGUGCAAAAACCUGUGUCAGUUGCGUUUGGCAGGUAACUCUCUCCUUCUCCAUCUUCUAGGGUUUAUGCGGUUGGCUGACGUCCAGUUCCUCUUUUCGGCUCUGAUCGAUUCUAUGUACAAGAAUCUCCAGUUUUUUAGGACAAGGAUGGAUUAGGACCGUAUUCUUUGUGUUUUUCUUGUUGAAAUGUUUAUGGGCUGAGUUUCAUUACAAAGUGGUUAUAAAUUUUGCCUAGUUUGUAUGAUUCCUUAGGUUUUGAUUAGUUGUAGUGACUUGUGUUGAUGCCAAUUAUGUAGUUUGUAGCUAACUAAAAUAAAACAUGUUUUUUUAAGAAUCUUUAAAUAAGAUAUUUGUAUUGGAAGAUAAAAACUUAGAGAUCUCUUAAGUAAAGUUCUUAAGACAUAUUUGUUACUAAAAGAAUGAUUAAGAGUCACAUUAGAGGUGCUAGGGAUAAUCAUGCUCUUAGGGUGAUAAAUAAAUUAAAGCUCCGAGGUGGUUUAAAAGGACGUUUUAACUAUUUUUUUGAAUUAAAUUUAAUUAUUAAAUGAACACACAAAAGGGAAGGGGCAUUUCAGAAAUAUAUCCUAUCUUCCCCUCUGGAAUACUCUCCCCCAAUCCUUUGGUCUUGCGCGAGGUUUUCAACACAGAUUCGCAGUGAAAAUCAAGGGUGGGGAUAUGGCUCUAUCACGCCUAACAUCGCGAUCUAACGGCAUCUCUCGUCCUCUCUCCACCGCCUUCGGCCGCUUCAUCUCAACCGACACCACGCCGAUCACGAUCGAAACUUCGCUUCCUUUCACCGCUCACCUAUGCGACCCACCCUCUCGCUCCGUCGAAUCAUCAACUCAAGAGCUUCUCGAUUUCUUCCGAACCAUGGCUCUGAUGCGACGGAUGGAAAUAGCAGCCGAUUCGCUUUACAAAGCGAAGCUAAUCCGAGGGUUUUGCCACCUCUACGACGGACAGGAAGCGGUAGCCAUCGGAAUGGAGGCCGUGAUCACGAAGAAAGACGCCAUCAUCACGGCGUAUCGCGACCACUGCAUCUUCCUAGGUCGCGGAGGUUCGCUGUACGAGGUGUUCGCGGAGCUUAUGGGGAGACAAGACGGUUGCUCGAAAGGGAAAGGUGGAUCGAUGCAUUUCUAUAAGAAGGAUUCGUCCUUUUACGGUGGGCAUGGGAUUGUUGGUGCUCAGGUUCCUUUAGGUUGUGGAAUUGCUUUCGCGCAGAAGUAUGUUAAGGAAGAGGCUGUGACGUUCGCUAUGUAUGGUGAUGGUGCUGCGAAUCAGGGGCAGCUUUUUGAAGCUUUGAAUAUUUCUGCUCUUUGGGAUUUGCCUUCCAUUCUCGUCUGCGAGAACAAUCACUAUGGGAUGGGAACUGCUGAGUGGAGAGCUGCCAAGAGCCCCUCUUACUAUAAGCGUGGUGAUUACGUUCCUGGUUUGAAGGUAGAUGGUAUGGAUGCAUUUGCUGUCAAACAAGCGUGCAAAUUUGCUAAAGAGCAUGCCUUGAAGAAUGGACCGAUAAUUCUUGAAAUGGACACGUACAGGUACCAUGGCCACUCCAUGUCUGACCCUGGGAGCACAUACCGUACAAGAGAUGAGAUAUCUGGUGUGAGACAGGAACGAGAUCCAAUUGAGAGAAUAAAGAAGCUGGUACUAUCUCAUGACCUAGCAACCGAGAAGGAGCUUAAGGAUAUGGAGAAGGAAAUUAGAAAAGAGGUAGAUGACGCCAUUGCCAAAGCUAAGGAUUGCUCAAUGCCAGAGCCUUCUGAGCUUUUCACCAAUGUGUACGUGAAGGGAUUUGGCACCAAGUCAUUUGGAGCUGACAGAAAAGAAGUCAAAGCUGCGCUUCCAUGAAGGUAUUGUUCGUUAAACUGCCACGUGGCAUGAACAAGUUCUUUGAUAGGAAGCCAUGAAAUAAAGAGGCUUUUGGGCAGUGUUGUGUGCUCUGUUCAGGACCGUUGCGAGUUAUUGUCCGAGUAUCUUUUAUAUUAAGAAAAACAUAUGAUUUUUGUGAA